AUGGACCACAGAUCGAAACGACCUCGACAAGAAGUUGAGGUUUCUACAGACCACCAUUACAGCGUCAUUCGAUACUUGCUGGCAUGUCAAGCUACAGGCAAACCAAUUAACAAACUGCAGCUUCGUGAGGCCGUGGGGAGCGAGUAUGCAGCAAAUCUCAAAAACGCUAAGAAAAUCCUCGAAUUAAAGUAUGCAAUGACAAUAAAGGAGAUAGGACCUAAUGAAAUGUGUCUGGUGUCCACUCUAGACGAGCCCUAUCGCAGUCUAGUGAGUAAAGCGGCCACGGCAGAAAACACUACUUUCAAUGCAAUACUCGUGUUUGUGAAUGUUCUGCUUUUGCUAGACCAAGGCUCUACGCAGUUGCGAGAGAUUAAGCAAAGUCUGAGGAGCCGGGGAAUAGAAUUGACCGACGCAAUGGCCCAGAACAUGCUGCGAUGGCGGUACUUUGAAAAGGACGAUGCUAUCACCAUCGACGAGCCAGCAGUCGGUGAUGAGGACAUAGCCCGCCGCGACUUGGUACAUUGGCGUAUUGGAAAGCGCAGCACCCUGGUGUUUUCCGCGGAUCAGAUCCUCCGAGUCAUGGCCACUGUUUUAUGGCCCAAAGAGCCUAGUGUUGACGAAAUCAGCCGGAUCUACCCUGGAGAAUACAAUUAUUUGAAGAGUCUGGUUGAGCGGUCGGCAUUUUCUAAAUGA